UGACUAUAUAAUAUAUUAAACUGAUCUUAGAUCUAUAUUAGGCCUAUAUACUCUGUACUUUAACACACUUUCCUCCUUUUUCUUUUUGUCAUUAUAGCAGCUAGACUAGUACUGCGAUGUUCAUCAUGGUUUCAAAUAAGAAAAUAAUUGCUGUAUUUUAUAUUUGCUGACACAUUUGUUAUUUGUUUGAUACAGAUUUUUAUUUCUUCUUUAUAUUUUAUAUAUAUCUAGAAUCUAGAUCUAGUACUUUUUCAAACUUUUUGUAAGAUGGGCUGUGGAGCUUCAAAGUCUUCUGAUGAAGCAAGUCGUGAAAAGUAUACUCCAAGGGAUGACCAUAAAAACCAAAGAAGACACCAUGAUGACAGUUACAAUAACAGAAAUGAGCAUUAUAACAAUACUCAUACAUUUGAUGAAAGACAAGACUUUAACAAAGAACAUAACUUAUCCAGAAACACAGGGCACAGUUAUGAUGAGCAAAUGGGGUAUUAUCCAGAUCAUGAUUAUUCUAAGACAGAUGAAAUAGAUGCAAUUAGCAAAGAAAAGGAAAAAAAACAUGGCUAUGAUUUGUAUGGCAGCCAAGCAGAGGAUAACAAAAAGUUAAGGCCCAGGUCUCCUAUUUAUGAAGAAGAUGACACACCUUUUGAUGAUGAUGGCUAUAGAGACAAUGUUGGAUACUACAAAAACAGUGUGGGCCUCAUGGAAAAAACUCUGGAUUUCAGAAGACAUUUUCUUGAUGAAGAACCUGACCAGAGGCCUUAUGGUAACCCUGAUCAUCUAUAUGUUGAUGAUGAGUUUCCUUUGGAGAUGGCCAUUGUUCAAGACAAUAAUGAAAUCGAUUGGAAAAGACCUAAAGAAUUUGUAGACCAUCCAAAGCUUUUUACUGAUGGCUCCACACGUUUUGAUAUUGGUCAAGGCUCAGCUGGCACUUGUUGGUUUUUGUCCAUAGUCGCUGAUAUUGCAGAUAAUAAACAAAUGUUGAAACAGGUUCUACCAAAUACUGCAUAUUUCAUUGAAGACCCUGACAAAUAUGAUGGAAUAUUCCACGCUCGCUUUUUCAGGUUUGGCAAGUGGGAAGAUGUGUACAUUGAUGAUUUUUUGCCUGUAAUCUACGGAAAUACCCUUUGGGGUGCCAAAUCAAGUACAGAUGACAAUGAAAUGUGGGUGGCUUUGUUGGAAAAGGCUUUUGCUAGAUUACAUGGCUCUUAUGACGCCAUCUAUGGUGGACAACCUGGAGAUGCUUAUUUACAACUGACUGGGGGCAUAGGGGAGAGAAUUGAGCUUGAAGGCUUGCAAGACAAAACCAAUGCCAUUUUUAAUCGAAUCAAGAAUGCCUUGUCAUCUAAUUGCCAGAUCACUUGCGUAGUUCCAGAUGAAUAUGAUAAUUACAAAGGAUUGGUAGGUGGGCAUGCUUACUCUUUGGUAGAUGCCAAACAGAUUAAUCAAACCAAGUUAAUUAGAGUUCGUAAUCCUUGGGGGCAUGGUGAAUGGAAAGGAGCUUGGUGUGAUGGAAGUCCAGAGUGGAAAAGUAUUCCGGCUAAUUCUCUUCAGUUCCCUAACAAAGAUGAUGGAGAGUUUUAUGUCUGUCUUGAAGAUUUUAUGAAGUACUUCUCUCAUACCACUAUUUGUUCAUUGACUCCAGACUUUGAUAUGGAUGGAUGUUCAGAUUCUUUAAAUCACAUUCUGAACAUUUAUGGAGAAUGGUAUCGAAAUACUGCUGCAGGAUUCCAUAAGCUUUUGCAAAAUCCUCGAUUUUCAAUUGUGUUAUCUUCUCAAGGUGCACUUGAAGAUGGAAAAGUCCCAGUUGUGUUGCAGAUGAUUCAACACUCCAAAAAGAGAAAAACUGAUAAUGUCUCAAUAAGAUGUGAUAUUUUUAAGGUACUUGGAGAUAAAAUUCGACAAAGUGGCAGGUGCAUAGCUCUGGAAAUCCAAGGACAGAAAAAUAAUGUGUACAGUCCUGAAUUACAGUCCUCUUUCAGAUUCAGGCUGACCCCUGGCCGCUAUUUGAUCAUUCCUUCUACUGUUGAUGAAAGACAGGAGAAAGCAUUUUUACUGCGCCUGUUCAGCCCAGGACCUUUGGAAAGUGUCAAGGAAAUACCUCGUGAUGUAAACCUGACAUCUUGCGAAAAUGAAGAAUCUAUUGACAUUAAAGGAAAGAAGUAUCCUUUAACAUUUGAAAAGACUUUGUUUGGAGAGUUUUUCCAAGGUGUCAAUGCUGGUGGUCAGAUAUCCAAUCAAGAGAGCUAUAGCUCAAAUCCACAAUACCUUGUCAUCGUACCAGAUAUCGGCAGUGAUAUCCCUUUGGUUGUACACAUUAUGCAAAAAAAUGUUGAGCCGCAGUAUCCAGUUGGUGUGAGGUUAUACAAGAUUAUUGAUGGCCAUCAGCUCCCAUUGGACACAAAAUACCUGUACGAGAACUACAGUAAAUGCCCUCGGCAUUUAGAAGGAGACCAGUCCAAGUUUGUCAUUUCCUGGGAUGUUGAUGUACGCUACUUGCUCGCUGCUGGCAAAUACAUCCUACUUAUUCACCUUGAUGAGCCCAACACUGAAAAACCUUUCUCUAUUUUGUUUAAAUCAACACAGCACAUCACAAUCAAAGGAUUCCAAACUGGAUAACAAGGUUUUUACUUUUACCAGUAUUAAAUAUUCAUUUUUUUUUAAAUAGUCAGAAUAUAUAUAUAUAUAAAGUUGCAAAGAUAUAUAGAUUGUAACACACAAAAGAUAAUAUAUAUAUAUAUAUAUAUAUAUAUAUAUAUAUAUAUAUAUAUAUAUAUAUAUAUAUAUAUAUAUAUAUAUAUAUAUAUAUAUAUAUAUAUAUAUAUACAUGGUAUAAUUAUUAGCCAAUAUCUAUAGGUGACUAUAGGUGGAAGUGGCUGUGAAUUAAAAUCAUUAUUACUAUAAACUUUGCAUUUUCCUUAAGUAUGUGCAGAGACUCCUUGUUAUUCUAUAAGUAAAGGGGUAAAGGUCAGAGGGUCAACAGUUUGACUCUAACCACCAUUUUCCAACAUAUUGUUUUCCUCCACUAUCCUCAGGAAAUUAACGAAGGAUAAUCCUAUCCAGGCUGUUCAUUCCAAAUAUAUUUUUUGUUUACUUUGUCCUGUUAGGCUCCAGUAGGAUUGAUUGAAGUUUAUUAUGCACAUUUCUCCUUAACAUGUUUAAAUUCUAUGUGCAUCAUUGAUGACUUAUCCGUUUUAUUAUUAUUUUUUAAAUGCUAAUGUUCUUUUGAAUGGUAAAUAUUUUUGUUGGAAUGUACCAAAAUGCAGUUCCCAUUUUGGUAGAUGAGUUACAAAAAUUUCAUGAAGAAGUUACAAACUCUAGGUGAUUUCUUGACUUACUGUUAUAAAAUAUGCUCAAUUUUAUGCCACUGUUAUUUCUAGUCUUUCUUUUUUUUUCAAACUUGUUUUCAAACACUUUAGUUUGUAAGUAUAGUACUGAUGUGCCAAAAAAAAAUAAUUUUUUGAAUGUGCCAGUAUAUACCAGUAUGUAUUCUAGUUGAAUUUCAGUUUCCUCUAUAUACGUGAAUUAAUUUACUUUGCUUUGUUAAUGUUUUUUACAGCUUUGCUAUCUAUUUUGGUAGAGCAAGUGCCUCAGUCGACUUUUAGUCAUUUCUUCAGUCUUUUGACUAUUUUUUUUAUUACAUUCUAUUACCAGCAGAUUCUUGUACAAAUUUCUUCUAUUUUAUACUUACUACUUACACAAUUUUUACACUAUCAUUUUUUGUCACAUUCUUUUACAAUUUCUUAAUGUCUAUGACUUAUACCUUGUUAGUACUUGUUGUACUUUAAAAUAUUUGACUCUGUAAGUUGUGGACUAGUAAAAAGUGAUAUGGCGACACAUUAUUAUUUUUUUUUAAUGUAAUUUUGACUUUUUUAAGAUCUCAUAGAUGUUGUAACGAUUGUCUCUAUUCUGGCUCUCUGCAACACUGCACAACCAACUCGAAGAACUUGACAACUCAGGGCUCUAAAUAAAGUAACACUUAAUGUCCAAUAAAUCACAGCCAAUAAUGUACUAUUGCCAACAACGUAACACUGACUGUUCUAAUGCUUCACUGAAGAUAACCAUAUCAACUCAUACCGCUAUAUCAAAUUAUAUUAUAAAGUGAUUCUUUUUGUUCCAAAAAGAUGUUAACUUUUGUUAUACAGAGAAUUUUUCUAUGUAUAUUUUUUUAUUUUAUUUAGCCUUGUUAUGUACUAGUCUGUCCAAAAAAAAUAUUUUUUUUCUAAUAUUCUUAUAACAUCAAUGUUUUGUUAUUUUUUAAAAUGAUGCAAGUUCUAUUGCAGCUCUUUUUCUACGCAAAUCUGUGAUAAUGUAUUUUAAAAAUAAAUUUUACUUCAUUACACCGCAUA